GCCAUCGAACGCAUCCAUUUUGAAAGAUGGAUGUGGCUCGCGCCCCCUCCCCUAAUCUAAAUAAUUUCUAUCACCAGUCACUUCGCCUCAGGAAAGGUUCUUCCACAACUGACUGUCAGGUAGGAUCCUUGUUUAGAAUGAGUUGCCUCAAAGAACAAAACCAAAGAAGUCUGGACAAUGGAUCCGAAAUUUCCGCUGUCUAUUCCUCUGAGAACUAUGGUUGCCACCUAAGAACAUUGGACGUCAACAUUGAUUCAGGAGAUCACACUGACUUCAGUGUGCCAGGAGUGAUGCCCCAUGGUUCAGGUGGAGAGUGGUCAGGGUACAGCAGAGAAGCUGGGUCCAGCAGGAUGGACCACCACUGUACCAACUACAGAUUCUACCCACCUCCACAUGAUGCUGAGCUCUCACUUCCUCAAUACCAAUUUGCUACUCAUGGAGAUUAUGUGCUCCCCCAGUCUAGCCCGUUCCAUUUAAUGAACCCCAGUUUAGCUAAUAACAGUCAUCUCAGUUCACUUGGUGGCCAGUGGUCAUCGGAGGGCCCAGUCCACAGCAAUAUGUUGUCAGGUGAAAUCUAUGAUGCUGUGGCGAGCAUUUGCCCAGACAGCAAGGAUGACCACGGACCAGAGUCCUAUCGCAAACAGGAGACUAUGGCCGAGCUAAUGCCUCAGAAACAAAUGGACAUCAGUCAGUCUGCCAACGAGCCGCUCACUGUGUAUCUACAGCACCUAGACCACCAGCUUGGGGAGAAUGCCACUGUUGUGUGCAACAUGAGUGGCCGAGGGCAGAUGGUGGUAAUGAACCACUGUAGCCCAGGUCAGAUGCUCCACUCCCUGCCUCCUGGCCACCCUGACUCCAGUCCAGAGACCCACUACUACACCACAUCCUCUAAGGAAAACUCAGAGCAGAGCUACUCAAUGGGAAAAGCUUCUCAGUCCUACCUGCCCUCUAUGAGCCUGCCUCCCAUUGGGCCCAACCACAGCCUCCUUUCCCCCAACCAUCUGGUCUCCUCUGGUCCUCCUGGCUCUGGAUACAGCUACAACCACAUGCCUGCACCCUACUUCUCACAGUACCACCAGUAUCCUGAGUAUCCUGACUCCCUAUGUCUGGUCCCUGAUGGCCAGUCCACGGCAAGCAGUGUCUUACGUCUCAGUGGAUCUCUAUGGGACUCCAAAUCCAAGAAGCCCUGCAACUGCACUAAAUCUCAGUGUCUCAAACUUUACUGUGACUGCUUCGCUAACGGCGACGUCUGCAGCAACUGCAACUGCAUCAACUGCUGCAACAACAAUGAGCACGAGUCAGAGAGAUACAAGGCCAUCAAGAUUUGUCUGGACAGAAAUCCUGAGGCGUUCAGACCAAAGAUUGGAAACGGGAAACUGGGAGAGAUCAAAGGACGCCACAACAAGGGCUGCAACUGCAAACGCUCAGGCUGUUUGAAGAACUACUGCGAAUGCUAUGAGGCCAAGAUAAUGUGCUCAUCCACCUGUAAGUGUGUGGGCUGCAGAAACUACGAGGACAGUCCAGAGAGGAAGACCAUGGUGUGGGACAGCCCUGACACCACCUUCUACAAGAAGGCCAAAUGUGACAAGGACAAGUGUCCUCUGUCGUGCAUCACGCUCGACGUCGUGGAAGCCACAUGCGGCUGUCUUCUGGCGCAAGCAGAGGAGGCUGAGAAGGAAGGCUACACGCUGUGUCAAGCUGAGAAAAUGAUUUUGGAGGAGUUCGGCCAGUGUUUGACGCAGAUUGUUCGGUCAAUAUUUAAAUCUACUAGCUUGUAGAUAGAAUCUCAGGUAGGACAAGUUGAUUAACAUUUUGGAUAUGGUCUGUUCUAAACAUGGUGACAUUUAAGCUGCCAUUUUUUAUCAACAUAUUUAUCAACAAGAUGUUGUGAAUUGUGUAUGCGUAUGUAUUUAUUUGUUACAUAAUUGAUUUAUGCAUGUAUUUAUGCAUUAAUUUAUUUAACUUAUUCACUCACUUUAGUUUAAGUCUCAGAAUGGAGGACAGUUCCAUCAGCUCUGGGUCAUAUGUCAUUGGUUUGAAAUAUGAAUCAAAAAUGAGUUCUUGUGAACAAUUCUUUCCAUUUCUUUCAUCCUUUCCUUUUAAGAUGUAGAAAGAACAUUUAAUUUUAUGCAAAUGUCUCUGUUAAAAUACAACAUCCAAAUGUACUGAUGAGCAUUCUGUGAAAAUAAAAUAUUAAAUACA